GCAGAGGUUGUUUUUCAGUCUGCAGUGAGUUUCCAGCUUUCUGUCAUUUUGUUUUUGUGCGUAAAAUGAGCAGAACCGCCGGAAUCCCCACAAUGACCGAGGUCAGGACUCUCUACCGCGCCGGGAUUUGAUUCACUGCUCCGGACAGGGAUUUACUCACUUACCGGUAAAUGGCUUAAUCCAAAAUCUCCGGCGGGACGCUCUGAAUCUGCACCUGGAUUAAAGUUUCGAGCAUGAGGAUACCUGCGCGUGGAUAGUUGGAUACACUGGAUUAAAAGUGAAGUGUAGUAGGAAACACUCCACCAACACAUUUAUAACCUGCAGUGUGCUUCAGGAAUCCAGGAGCUAUGCAGGAAGCCUGCGUCUGGAUUUCCAGAGCUUCUGUCCUCCUGCUGCUGCUUUGGUCCGACCUCCUGCACUGCCAACACGCCACAGACCACAGGAAGGUUUCUCAGAGGCCAGAGCCCCAACAGGAGUUCAGGGCCGAGCAUGGAGAAGUUCAGGGUUCCUGGGGGGCCUGGGGCUCGUGGUCAGCCUGCUCCAGGACCUGUGGAAGAGGAGUUCAGGAGCAGGGUCGGCCCUGUCUGCCUGUUUACACGCCGUCACAAUACCCCUCCAGAAGAGAGGGUGUUCACCCCCAGCAACCGGGACACAUCAUCUCAGCGCUGAAGCCGACGGUUCCUCUGCACCGCAGCGCAGGGAGGAGUGCAAACAGCAGCAGGAGAGGAGAUCUGAGGAAGGAGGCGAGGCCUGGAGGACGGAGGAGGGUCCCUCACAUCAUCCCGGGGCGGUACGGCUACGGGUCGGCUCCUCAUGUUUCUCCUCUGCAGACGCACGCGGGUCGGAGCUCAGAGACGACUCGCCCUCACAGACAGAGACGCUCCCCUGCAGCUGAAGCCCGUCACCACCAGCACCAGCACCAACCCCCCACAGCAGACCACAACCAGGACCCCUCAAGCAGCCUCCAUCACCCCAGCAGACCCUUCAUGCCACCCAGGAAUAACCAGGUCUGGGCCCCCCUCUACCAGCCGGGCUCUGGCCCCCAGACUCAGGACCAGCAGGGGCCCGGAUCCAGCCUCCAGACCUCUGGAGACCCCCCGGAGAGACCCUACAGCCCCCUGCCCGGCUCCUCCUGCAGCGGGGAGCAGGCGCACCACAGGGUCUGCAACAGCAACGCCUGCCCUCCAUCCAGCAAACACAUCCGGGCUGUUCAGUGUUCUUCAUACAACAACAAACCUUUCAUGGGCAGACUGUACGAGUGGGAACCUUUCAACGAGGUCCCAGAGGAUCAGCACUGUGAACUGAACUGCCGAGCCGUCGGGUUCAGGUUCUACGUUCGACAGUCAGAGCGAGUGACGGACGGGACGCCGUGCGGACAGAACGAAACUUCUCUCUGCGUAGCGGGAAAAUGUUCGGGUCUGGGCUGCGAUGAGUACCUGGGAUCAGGAAAGGUGAUGGACAGGUGCGGUGUGUGUGGAGGAGAAAACACAACCUGCAGGCUCGUCUCUGGAGUCUUCAAACACAGUUUAACGAAGAUCGGCUACCACAAGAUAGUGGAGAUCCCCGAGGGAGCCACCAAGAUCAACGUGACAGAGAUGGUGAAGAGCAGGAACUACCUAGCUCUCCGCAGCCGAUCGGGGCGAUCCAUCAUUAAUGGAAACUGGGCGAUCGACCGGCCAGGGAAGUAUGAGGGAGCGGGAACCAUGUUCACAUACCGGCGGCCCAACGAGAUCAGAAGCACCGCCGGGGAGUCCUUCCUCGCUGAAGGGCCCACAAACGAGAUCCUGGACGUUUAU